GAGCAACGCGGUAACGACGACACGAGUAGGGAUUACGAGAAGUGAAGUAAGUGAAGAUAAAGAAGGUCUUCAAGGACGUGACGCACAAAGACACAACCGACUGGUCUACACGAACGUCAUACAGCACCAACAACAUGUCAAGACACGCCCGAGUAGGGGAGGAAGUUUGGAAGGGGCGAGAGAAGAUUAACGCCGAACUCUUCACCCUGACAUAUGGCUCCAUCGUGGCACAAUUAUGCAAAGACUGUGAUGAUUAUGCGGAGGUGAAUAAGCAGUUAGACAAGAUGGGAUACAAUAUCGGUGUACGCCUGAUAGAGGACUUCUUGGCAAGAUCAGGGACAGGACGGUGUCACGACUUCAAAGAGACCGCAGAAGUCAUCUCAAAGGUCGGCUUCAAGAUGUUCCUCAACAUCGCACCCACAGUCACCAACAUCUCCACAGACGGCAAGACCUUCUCACUGAUCUUUGACGAAAACCCAUUAGCGGAGUUCGUUGAGAUACCGGAUGACGGCAAGGCACAGACGGAGUUAUGGUAUUCGAAUGUGUUGUGUGGCGUAUUACGGGGUUCUCUGGAAAUGGUACAAAUGGCUGUGGAGGUUAGUUUUGUGAGUGAUGUGCUGAGAGGGGAUGAGCAGACGGAGAUGAGGUUGACGCUGGUACGGAUGUUGGAGGAGGAGAUGCCUCCAGGAGAGGAUUAG